UCUUUUUGUUUAUAUCAUUGUUCUCUUUUUAUACAUUACAGAGCACAAUGAUUCUUGAGCUUAGAAAAGUGCUAAAAAUAUUAGAAAAAAUGUCUGGUAUAUUUUCACUGCAAAACAGCACAGGAAAUGCUGCAAAUACUGCUGCAAAUUCUGAGAAAAGCCUCCUUAAAUUCAGUCAUUUUACACAGCAAAAAUCUGAAAAGUCCCACAAAAUCCAUUUUUCAUUUUUUGGUCAUUUUUUGUUAUUAUUGUGAAACCCUUAUUUAAUUACAGAUAUUAAAUGACCUGUGUGGUUCUAAGUUUACAAAACAAUGUAUACGUUUUGUUGCGAGCAGUUGUGAAUUGCCGUGUUUAUGAGAACUUUUGUUACUCUUAAUACCAUUAAAGCAAAAUAUAGCUGACUGUAGUUGUGUCUCUUAGGUAUCUCCAUGAGUCUAGUGGAGUCUAAAGAUGGCAUUCAGCACUUCACCUUUGAACAUAAUCGUGACUAUCAGCAAGUCCAGUUCAAGUUUUUUGAUGCGGUUGAGUCAGUGGACCCCAACAACAUUGUGGUUCUCCUGCAACUCAACCCAUAUCAUAUUGAUUCACUCCUGCAGCUGUCAGAUGUAUGUCGCAUGCAGGAAGAUCAAGAGACAGCCAGAGAUCUCAUCGAAAGGGCUUUAUAUAGUUUUGAGUGUUCAUUCCACCCUGUGUUCAGCCUGACGUCAGGCAUGUGUCGACUGGACUAUCGUAGACCAGAGAACAGGGCUUUUUAUUUGGUGCUGUUCAAACAUGUAAUAUUUCUGGAGAAGAGAGGUUGUCCCCGCACAGCCCUAGAGUACUGCAAACUGAUCCUGAGUCUAGAUCCAGAUAAUGACCCUCUCUGCAUGCUGCUGCUCUUUGACUUCCUGUGCCUGCGCUGUCGCGAGUACACCACCCUCAUCCGUCUCUAUGAAGAAUGGGAGGUCCAUCGAAAUCUGUCCCAGCUGCCAAACUUUUCCUUUUCCGUGGCUCUUUCCUACUAUCACCUGAGCCAACAAGAAGACAUUUCACCUGUGGAGAACCAACAACUAAAGGAGAAAUCCAAUGUGCUCCUGCAAAACGCUCUAAUCAUGUUUCCUGGUGUGCUGAUGCCCCUUUUGGACUUAUGCACAGUUCAGCCUGAUGCUGCAGUAUCUUCUCAUGCAUUCUUUGGACCUUCAAUCCAAACUGGGCAGCCUCCUGCACUCUCAGAGUUAGUGUCCCUGUAUGUGGGCCGCUGUCACAGCCUGUGGAAAGAGGCGGGACAGAUGCUCUGGUUGGAGGAGAAUGUCAGAAAAGUGCUAAAGAGGGUUGACAAACACGACCCUUAUGUGGAGGACUGCCAAAACAAGAGGAAGCAACGAUACCAGAGUGCUCCCAGGAACAUCCAUAGACAUGUGCUGAUGUCUGAGAUCAAGGCAGCAACAGCUACUCUUCCUCUAGAAGUGACCACACAGCCAGGAAUGGGUUUUGACCCUCUCCCUCCUAUGGACUCCAUUGUGUCUUAUACCAGACCAGAAAGGCAGAACAUGGGGGCCUCAAAUGAAAGCACAUUAUCUUUGUUUUUCCGUUCACUGCUACCAAACUUCAAUCUGCAGAGGCCUGAAGACAGACAGGAAGUUGCCCGUGCCGGCCAUGAAUUGAACCAGGAAGUGAAUAGACUCAUGGUGGCCAUGAGGGACAUGUUGGCUAACAUCCAGUUUCGUGAACCUCAGUGGGAGGACAACCAUGACAGAGACGAGGAGGAAUGGGACUGACCGAUCAAAAAAGUGAAGUUGAAGAAUUAAAGAGGAACUGUUCUCUGCUUGCCCUAUAUAUAUUAAAAGAUCCAAUUUAUUCAUACUACUUGACUAGUUCUUAAUUAUUCCACAUCUCUUCUUUUAUUAUAUGAAAUGACAGAUGUUUUCAUUAAGCCAUGACUUGAGAAGCUUGUUUUUUAAUAAAUAUUGUGGCUGGUA